GAUUCUUGAAAAAGGGAAAACCUGGGAAGGUUUACCUUCUUUGAAGGGCUGGGGCGGGGAACGGGAAGUUCCGGUCCCCGCAGACCCGUUUGCCGCUUAACAUUGCCAAAGUCAGACACGUUUGGGUGAGGUGUUUGAGCCAGUUUGGCAGGCUUGGGAAGUGAUGGAAUGCCGAUGUCGUUACCUUGGCAUUUUCUCCGUACAUGGCAAAAAAUUAUAAAAUGAGUUCAUGGAAAAUGAAAGAGAACACGGCUGUACAUUAGGAGUUCAGCUUCAAGGAAUAUUUUAUUAGGGACGUUCUGACAUUCAGAAAUGCUUUUUUUUUUUUUUUAAAGAUUUUAUUUAUUUGACAGAGAGAGAGACAGGGAACACAAGCAGGGGGAGUGGGAGAGGGAGAAGCAGGCCUCCUGCCGAGCAGGGAGCCCGACGCGGGGCUCUGUCCCAGGACCCCGGGAUCAUGACCUGAAGGCAGACACUUAACGACUGAGCCACCCAGGCGCCCUAAAAAUGCUUUUUCUAAAUCUUUUUAUUAUGUGGAUAUUAAAGUGAAAGCCAUUAAUUCUGUGAGUUGCAAACAUUUCAGGUAAAGCGAAACAGAGUAUGCCAGUCAUUCCAUCAGGCACCUAUGUUAAGAACUUGGACGGUGGAAAUUCACCAUGGCUUAUGGCUUGCCAAGAAAGAACACAGUGAAGACCAUAUUGCAGGGCAGUUGUUAUAAAGUACAGGAACCUUGGGAACUUGCACUGCUUACAAAGACCUGGUAUAUGAACCUAGCCAACAUCAAGUUACCUUUCUUGGGAGAAAUUACAUUUGGUAGCCCUUUAUACCUCAAAAAAACUAAAGCCAUUAAGAAUGCUCUGCUCCCUUCUGCAGAAUCCAUCAAACUUGAAAGGGAGUAUGAAAUGAAGCGCUUGAAUCACCUGAAAUGUCAGGAGAAUGUAGCUGAGGAAAUUCAGCUUUACCUAAGGGAAAGGCAAGUUGGUUUGAGAAGACCUCUUCCACCUAAGUGAUAUCAUCUCAUAAUCAAAUCUGUACUCAGUGCUUUCCACAUCCAAGGGAAUGAAGGUCUCCAACUUUUUACUGUGUGAAGUUUGUACAGACAUAUGAAUGCCCACUGGUAGAUGAGCCAGCUCCUGUGGGUUGAUGGACAGCUCUGACAGAUCUUCUGUGUCCUUUCCUUUGUACCACAAGAGACAACACUGUUGAAAUGCAGAUCUUCAUGAAGACCCUGACCAGCAAGACCAUCACCCUGGAGGUGGAGCCCAGUGACACCAUCGAAAAUGUGAAGGCCAAGAUCCAGGAUAAAGGAGGGCAUCCCCCCUGACCAGGAGAGGCUCAUCUUUGCCAGCAAGCAGCUGGAAGAUGGCCGCACUCUUUCUGAUUACAACAUCCAGAAAGAGUCGACUCUCACCUGGUUCUCCACCUGAGGGAUGGCUGUUAAUUCUUCAGUCUUGAAUUCAUAGUGCCCAAUGAUGGCAUUGCUCUGCACUGUAGCCAUUUGCCCCAAUUUAAGUUUAGAAACUACCAGUUUCAGUAACAGCUGAAUCACUGGUUUUCUCAGUAGCUGUUCAAAAUGUUAAUAAAAGUUUUGUUGCUUGGUAAAAAAAA